AUGACCAGGAUUGUAGCGCUCUUGCCAGCUUUCAUACAGCAUGAGAUUUGCAUGUGGGUAACCACGAAAAUUCUGAAAGGCGCCACAUCGCCUGUGUACUUUCCCGAUGAAUUUUUGAUAGCCUCAUAUGCCAUACGUCAAGUGUGCGCCACUCUCUCAACCCCAUCGGAGCGCGAGAGACUAGAGCAAAUGUUUACGCCCAGAUUAUACGACCGUUUCAAUACCGAACUUGACAAAAUAUCGUCGGAAAACGAAGGUGAAAGUGGAGGUGUUGGGGAUUACGAGGAUUCAGAAAUAAAUUGGAGUUGGCGA